AUGACAGCCCUUCAUGUUGCAAUAAGCAUGAGAAAAACCAGUUUUGCAGAAAAGCUGGUGAAUUGUAUGGAAAUGCAUGAUUUGGAAAUUCUCAUGGUAGAUGGAAACACAGCCUUUUGUCUGGCAGCAAUGACUGGGAAUGUUAAAAUUGCUGGAAUUCUGUUACGCAAGAAUCGAAGGUUGCCAUGGAUUAGAGGCCAAAACAAUAUGCUGCCAAUUCAAUUAGCAUCUUCUGCAGGCCACAUUUCAAUGGCAGAAUUUUUAUUUCAAGCUCUUCCAGUGGACCUUCACAACAGCGUGGCAUCAAAAUUGUUGAAUCGCUAUCCUAAAUUGGCUACCAUGGAAAACGAAGGGGGAUUCACAGCUUUGCAAAUGCUUGCCCAAAUUUCUUCGUCCCAGGAAGCUAUUGGUGAUGAAGAUAUUGUAAGAUCGUUGUUUAAGGGAAUGGGAAAAGAGGAAGAAUCUCUCAACUAUGCAAAAUUGUCAACAGCAAUGUUUGAUGCUGCAAAAUAUGGAAACACUAUGAUUUUAAAAUUUAUUUUCAAGUAUUAUCCAGAAUUGUUAUUUGAAGUGGAUUCCACCAAGCAAAGAAACUUACUCCACAUUGCUAUUCUGCAUCGACAAGAAGCUGUAUACAAACUAAUAUUAAAGCAGGGGGAUUUCAAGAAUAUGAUGGUACAAUUGGUUGAUUUUAACGAUAACAAUGUUCUUCAUUUAGCUGCAAAGUUGGAUAAACCAGAACAAAAAUUCGGAUUAUCAACAAACUAUGUUCAAAUGCGUACUGAGGAGACAUGGUUUAAGGAGGUACAGAAAAUAGUUCCGCCUUCAAUGAAAACAAAGAAAAAUAAAGAUGGUUUGACUCCUAUAGAAUUAUUUCAUCAGUCACACAAAGAGUUACACAAAGAAUCUGCAUCUGAACUGAAGUCUCUGGCAAAUACUUUAAUAGUGGUGGCAACUCUUAUCAUCACCUUAGGAAUUUCGGUUGCCAUAACCAUUCCUCUUAAUGAUAUUGAUAGUACACUUACUCCAAUUUUUCGGAAAAAAACAUGGUACAUCAUCUUUUUUAUAUCAGUAGGGCUGGAAACAAGUUUCUGCGCUGCAUCUAUGUUGUUCUAUGCUUCAGCUAUUCUUCCUUCAAAUGUGGACCCACAAGAUGAGUCUAUUCGCUUACAAGAAAACAAGGUCAGAUUUGGUAGUGUCACACUUUUUAUCUCUGCUGGACUCAUGUUGGUUGCUUCUAUUGCCAGUGCCACAUUGAUCUUCGAAUUCUUAUCAAGUUGGAGCCCUUAUUUCACUUUUGGAGUUGGUGUUCUCGUCUUCAUUUUACAUUUUACACUUGAUCAUGCUCUGUGGAGUAAAUAUAUAUCGCACCUGGUGCUAACCUUGUCCAAGGUAGCUCCAGUGAAGUUCGAAAGAUUGUUUGGGCCAAUCAGCAAGCCUGUGAUUGCCAUAUUCGAGAAAGAAUUAUCAGAAAAGCAUUAUCUGUCAAGCACUAGAUCUUGA